GCGAUCUAUAAAAGGCAGCGAUUCAGUCUUGGUGGGCAAUCAAAUCGCCGGCGACCCCCACUCAAUCCUCGCCUAAGAAAAUCCAUUACUACUUUACAUUUCCAAUAAUCUCUUAUAAUAACAAUUCGAAGCAGUAAUUUAAUACUAAUUACAAAGCAAAGAAUGGCGCAAAGGCAGGAAGAUCGGAUCAGUACGUUGCCGGACGAGGUUCUAAUCAACAUACUUUCCAGAGUUCCGAUGACCGUCGGUUGCAGAACCGGGGUGCUGUCGAGGAGGUGGGAGAAUCUAUGGAAUCAAGUCAGCAACGUUUGCUUCUUCGGAGACUACGAUGAUAUUGUGGUGAAGGACGUCGGACCGGAGAACGGGUUCUUCGCCUUCGUCGACCACGUUCUGAACCGCUGCAAUUCUCAGAAAAUCGAUCGAUUCUGGAUUCAGUUUAAACUUCUCGACGAUAAGGAUUUAUCCCGGAUCACAAACUGGGCACAAUUCGCCGUCGACCGGAAAGCCGAUGACAUCGCCCUGAUGCAACAGGGGGCUUGGAAUGAGGUAACUUUGCCUGAGAUUCUGGUGUCAUAUUUACCCCUAAAGAAGCUGAAACUGAAGUUUUUCAAGUUCGGGGAAACUCAAGUCAUCAAUUGGCCUUGUCUGACGCGACUAACAUUGCAGUCAGUGAACCUGAAUGAUGAGGAAGUAGAAAGAUUGCUCGCAGGUUGCCCGGCCCUUGAAACACUGGAGCUUAUCCACUACGGGUUUUUCCGGGAACUCAAAAUCAAGUCAGCAAGGGUGAAGACGCUGAUAUUGGAGAGCUGUAUCUCAUUGAAUCUGGACUACAACAAUGAUGCAUGGCUACACAUCCGCGCUCCUCAUCUUCAAAAUCUGGAGGUUUACGGCGAGGCCGAUUGCCGCCUUGUGAAUGUUUCCUCCUUGGUCGAUGCAACCUUCGAUUGUGAGAUGAAACUUGACAACAUUAAUGGCUUUCUUCCCAGCGCUUCUCACGCUCGGCGCCUUACCUUUACCUCCUGGUUUAUGGAGGCAUUUUCACUUUUCGACUUCAAGAAAGUAGCGGCUUCGAAGUUCAAUUGCAAAGAGCUGGUCCUACGUGGUGACAUAAGGAGUUACAACAUUUCCGGAAUAGCGAGAUUCAUCCUUGCCUUGCCUCUUUUGGAAACUUUGGACAUGUUUUUAUGCUCUUCGCCGUUACUCGAUACUCCAAAGAUAUUCACAGGCAAUGAGGAGUAUUACGAUUCCAAUUACCAUGUCUGUAAUGCCCCUGUAAAUAAUAUGAAAGAGUUACUCGAGGAGUCAUCCAUAUCCAAAGGUAUAGAGGGUUAUGUUUCCAAAUUUAAUGUGAAGAAUGCUCGUUUGAACAAAAUGAAGGAGGUCAACUUUUACCACGGUUAUUGGUGUUGUUCCGAAGACGAUUUUGAAAACAAAAACGAGCUUCCACAACUUGCAGAGUUUGUUUUGAGAAGAGCUACCAACUUAGAGAGGCUAUGUUUGGUAUCGAGGAAAGAAUGGAAUUGCAGAGAGUGCUCAAGGAAUUGCGUAGCACAAUUCUUCUCUGAAUUGGCCACGAAGUUACAUCAAUGUCCAAAACUUUCUCCCAAUGCCGUUAUUCAUCUCUCUGAAUUCAAUUAUAAUUGUUCGAGUGGAUAGUUUAAUUUAUGUUAUUAUUUGUGUAGUUUACAUGUGAUUGCUUGGGGAUCUUGUUUGAUUUAUAACUAUGUAUUUUUUUUUAAUCCACCUAAUGAAUCGUAAUCAUGAAUAUGUAACUAUUGGUAAUGUAAAAGUUAAAAGAAGCAAAUUUUAUGUCAAACUUUCUAUACAGUUCAAUAAUAUUUAUAAAGUUGUGUAUUUAAUUAUGCCCUUUUAUGUGCAUCUUCUUAAAGGCACAAUGUUAAAAUAUUGUGACGUGAAUAUGACUUAUGAUAUG